CUUAACCAUUAGAAGUCUAAUCAGGCGGUACCACAUAAGAUUUAACAUCCCGGUCAAAGCCUUAACGAUAAAACACAAACACCAGUAGGUUUCAACAAUUUCUGACAGCUGAACAUCGGUCUGCGACUCACGUUUUAAAUCCGACCAAUCAUAUUACACAAUCGCACUGCGUCGCCGCGAACUGGCCGUCUGUCCACUCUGAAUGCGCAGUGCAAACAAAAUACCCUAGCGUACGACAGAUGUUGUUUAUGCGGAGCCGAUGAGGUGCUUAAUGGAAAAUCAAACAGUGGCUUCCGUUUCGGUUUAACGUCACGCGUACUUCAGAUCGCUUCACGUAACGAAGCAACAGUUAAUGUAACGUGUUAGGUAUGUAGGAUCGAAUGUGUAUUCGGUAUGACACUUAGGUGUUUUCAUAUAGGGUAUUGGCUGUUGUGACGAUUUAUAAUUGAACUCCAUUCUUCAGGACAGCUAUUGUUGUAGAUGGCGCACAACAUUUAGUCACGGAAGUGUUUUAUAAGAUGCUGAAAGCAGUAAAGUGGUAGCAUGCAGUUAUAUACUUCCUGUGAAGAACCGAGAUACUUCAAGUGUGGCUCCUUAUGAAAACUACGAAGUGAGUAGGAGGUGGGGAAGACAGGUUAAUCUCUCAUACUUAAUGUCUUGUCUGCCCCUCCCUCGCUCCCUCCCUCGCCGUUGAUAGCGUGGUAACCCACGAACCCCCUUUUUGAGACAUAGAAAAGUGUAGGCUAACUGUCGUCAUGGUAGCGGAACUCACAAGCAUUGCCUCUGCUGUUGCUAACAACAACAGCCACAAACAAGUGACGCACGCGCCUCGCUGGAUACAGGCGGCGACGAAACCCAGCGUUCACAGGUACCAGUGCUCGUCGGACCAGCCCAUGUACACGACGGUCUCGAAACCAAAAGACGCCAGCGAAUCGACAGGCCGAGGGAACGGGGGGGAUGUAGCGGGGACCACGGCAACGGACCCCGUGGGACUCCUGUCCAGACGAGGGAUUGUGGGGCUCGUGGGGCCGUACCGCGCUAGCAGUGACGGGUUGGACGCGAUGGGGACCCGCGAUCAGAGGGCGAGCACGAGAGGAAGUGAAGGGAGGAUUUUCGUGCUACGAGACGAAGAGCUAGUGGAAGAGGGCGACUACAACGAGCCUUCGCGAGUGUGUCUAGCAGAAAAUUCGAGGAAACGGCUUCCUGAAGAUGACAGUGUUUCGGAUGCAAGUCCGACUCCGGGAAGGGAGAACUGGAAGCUCCGAGAGGGAAAGAACUUGACGGGUGACGCAAGGGGAGAAGCGGGGGAGAGGGGAGGAGUGUCCCUGACGGACGUGUGGCACAAGGACUGGGGCGAUGCCCCGUCCUUCUAUCUUCGCUUUUAACAGCAUUUCUCCGUACCUCGUUUCCCUCCAGCGCCGCAGACGACAACAGAAUCUCGUCUUCUUGUUUGGAAAAAGGAGAAAUGUGGAACGUCGGAAUGAGACGCGUGUUCAAUAACGAGGCCAGGGCGAGAUUCUCUCUGUCUGUGUGUGUGUGCACAGGGGAAACUUCUGUCCGUAAUGAUCUACAUUAUUCAACCGUUUGGAUGCAGUCUUAAAUCGUCACGGACUGAGCUCGGUAUUCUGUGAUUCUGUGAACGAAAGUUGUCCACUGCGAGAGGUUUUAUACAUUUCUUAUGCCUUACUUGGUUCAAAAUAAAUAUAAUUGUUUAAAUUUAUUGGCGAUUGUGAUUAUUGGUGAUUGAAAAACAUUAAUAUUGUUACAUGAAAGUUUAUAGUGCACGUUAAAGAGGAGUUGUAAAUGAUAGAUUGUUUCUGUUCCUUUAACUGAUCGACUUUGUGAUUCGUUCUGCAACUUGAGUUUCCAAUUUUCCCCACCUGAAGCGCUGCACCCGCGAGUAUCGAGUGAACACAGUCCACAACAGUCGACAAAACGGCGUUCCAAAGGAACUUAUAUUACGACAGUGAUUAUGAGGAAGGUAAGACAUACGAAAAUAUUUGCUGUUCUUGUAAUCAUUGCUU